UUGACUUCUUGUGAAGAGUCAGCCAUGACAGUCAGAAUUGUCACGCGAUGCCCAUCAGAUCUGUCAUCAUGGGAAAAUGCCGCCAAAAGUAUGAAUUGUGAAUCUAUAGAAAACAACUGUUUACAUACUAUAAGAAGCAAAGGGGGUCAUCGUUUUCAAUAUCAUUGCGUGAUCAAUACCUGGAUGAAUGCUACUUUGGAAGUCUGUGCACCCAAUAGAACCAUAUUUGGUUAUUGUACAGAGUACAAUGUCAUUGGACGAGUCAUACAAGAAAAUUAUAAAGCAGACUGUACAAAACAUGAUCCGCCAUGUCCACCAAUCUACAAUUCGGCAGAGGCCUAUAAAUAUCAAACAUGCUAUGACUUGGUAAGAAAGAAUCGUCAAAAGACAGAAAACAUGGAUACAGAUUCACAGAAUCCGGAUUUGCGAUCCACUUCAGAGAGUUUGAGUGGAAAUCUGGUGCUCAUAUUCCUAUCCAUGUUCCAAAUAAUAUUGAGAAUAUUGUUUUGUUUCUAAGUACAGUAUAUGUACACGUAAAGGCAAUCUGUACCAGUUACAUGUAAAUGUAUAUUGCCAGCCUUUCAAAUCAAUGUCAAAAUUAAAAUAGGUAUAUACAAACUGAGCUUUGGGGUUUAGCUAACAUGCUAUUCAUACAGAAAUGAAGUUUGUGGACAUCUAUUUCAUUGUGACUGAACUCCAUAGAAUGUUACAUAUCUGCGUCUUCGACUUGAUCUAUAGUACAUGUAUACACAAAAAUUUACUGUAAAGCUUUUAUUCAUUAUUAUACUAAUAUCUCAUUACAAAAUUAUGAAAUAUAAAUAUAUGUAAAUUGCAUUAAGUUAAGCAAAACAAUUAAGGAGGCUGGAUUGUCAAAAAUUUAACCAUUAAACUUAAAUUUUAAGAUUUGAUUUUUUCGGUUAGAUACUAUUAUUAAGAAAAAGAACCAUAUUUUAGCCAUAAUUUUUUUUAUAUUCCUGAAUCUUUGGACAUAGCUCUCCUUCUAAAUGAGAUUACAACAGUCUAAAAAAUUACUACGGCCAUCCAACCUCUUUAAUAACUUACCAUAAUCAUGUAACGAUAUAUGUUUAUCUUGACGUUUAAAUAAAACAAAAUUACAUGUUUGUAUCCAUUUCACAAACGGACAUCAUCAGUUUUGUGCAUUUGUCGUCGUUCCAUUCAUAAGAUAUCGAUGGCGCUUUGAAUACGGCGCAUUCUUCGUCGCCACCAUUGUUAGGUUCAUUUGUCCCCCAGUUUGUGUAUUCACUGUUCUCGUUGUUAUGUUUCCAUGUGAACGUUCCCUCUAAACCCUGAUCCGUAAACCCAAUCAAAAAAGCGCAUUCCAUAUAUCCCGCACAUUUUUCUAGGUUUUUUUAAAGAGCAAAAACAAUAUAAAAUAUCUGCUUCGUUUGAAAAAAACUACAUGAUUUUAUCUGACGAAAUGGCAAAGUUUAAAACGUAUUGAUAAAUAAAUGAAAUUUAUAUCAAUAUGUAUAUAUCCUGAUGUCAUUUAUUGGAAUGCAAGUUCCUGUAUUAUUCAUUUCAUCGGAAUGAAUUCUAAAUAUCAUCAUACAUGUAUAUUGAUAUUUGGUCAUCAAGUAAAACUAUAUUCUCAGCU